AUGGUCCCCCCGGCAAAGAAGCGCAAGCUUCCCGCGACCGGCCCCGCCCCGAAGCGAUCCAAGAACAUCUCCAACUCCAAGAAGAAGACAAACAAGGCGUCGCGUCGCGCUGUUGACGCAUCCGCUCUUGCUUGGAAGUCUGUCGGCGAAGAUUUCGGCGGUCUCGAGGUGAUUGAGGGCGUCGACGUGGUCAAGGAUGGGAGUCGGGUGCAAUUCCUGGUGGCCGGCGAGACGAACACGAUAACCAACGACGACGAUAACGACAACGACAACGAACAUGCGGACGAAUCUUUUGAAGGGUUUGGCGACGACCCUGUGGAGGUCGGGAAUAUCGAUUCCGGCAAAGCUGGCAGUGGUGAAGCUGGCCUGGAGGGCGAGAAGUCUGAAGCAAAGACUACGACAAAAGAAGAAAAAACCAGCAAGAAGAACAAAAAGCAGCAGCGCAAGUUGGAUGCCAGCAAAAAAGAAGACGAGCAGCUGGUCAAGACCCAGAAAGUCGUACAAAAGUCCUCUUCACGGGGGGGCAACACGUUUGACGCGCUGGCCGAUGACCAAGACCAAGAAGAAGACGUCGACGUGGCGGCCUGGGUUCCGCUGAACCUCUCGCCGCAGAUUCUUUCCGCUAUUGCCAAGCUUGGGUUUACCAAGCCGACACUAAUUCAGGAAAAGACUAUUCCUGAGAUUGUGUCGGGCGAGGACGUUAUUGGCAAGGCGCAGACUGGUUCAGGAAAGACGUUGGCUUUUGGUAUUCCUAUGGUUGAGAAGUGGUUGGAGUUGUAUGAGCAGGGUGUUGAGAGGACUGGACCUAUGUCUGUGGUUCUUAGUCCGACAAGAGAGUUGGCAAAGCAGUUGGGCGAUCAUCUCAAGGCGCUUUGCGAUGGCUUGUCGAAUGCGCCAUAUGUGUGUGUUGUCACCGGUGGAUUGAGUAUCCAGAAGCAGCAGCGACAACUGGAAAAGGCGGAUAUCGUUAUUGGAACACCGGGACGUCUGUGGGAGGUUCUCAGCGGAGAUGCGACUCUGCAAAACACCUUUUCCAAGAUCAGGUUUCUGGUUGUUGAUGAGGCGGAUAGACUGUUCAAGGUUGGACAGUUCAAGGAGGCCGAAGAUAUCAUCGGUGCUCUCGAUGGAAAGAGACCUAGCGAUGAUGCCGACAGCUCUGAUGAGGAAGAUGAUGAAGAGGAGGAUGAUGAGAGGAGUGCUCGACAGACGCUCGUCUUCUCGGCCACAUUCGACAAGGACCUGCAGACCAAGCUGGCAGGCAAGGGCAAAUCUACUGGAAACGACGAGGAGAAGAUGGCAUAUCUGAUGAAGUGCCUCAAGUUCAGAGGUGAACCCAAGUUUAUCGACGUCAACCCUGUCAGUCAAAUGGCGGAUGGUCUGAAGGAGGGACUCAUUGAGUGUGGCGCCAUGGAGAAGGAUCUUUAUCUUUACACUGUUCUCAUUCUUAACCCCGGACGACGAACCCUCGUCUUUACCAAUUCCAUCUCGGCUGUUCGUCGUCUUACACCUCUUCUUUCGAACCUCAAUAUGACGGCUCUACCCCUUCACUCGCAGAUGGCGCAAAAGGCCCGUCUUCGUUCCCUAGAGCGUUUCACAGCUGCGCGAAACUCUGUCCUCAUCGCCACCGAUGUCGCGGCUCGUGGUCUUGAUAUCAAGGAGGUUGAUCAAGUUCUGCACUACCAUGUGCCACGAUCGGCAGAUACGUAUAUUCAUCGCUCGGGUCGUACGGCGCGUGGCGAGUCGAGUGGUGUCAGUGUUAUUCUUUGUGCGCCUGACGAGGUUUUGCCGACGAGAAGACUUGCGAGCAAGGUUCAUGCGGAGCGUAGCUCGGGUGCCAAGAGGGAGCAUUUUAUCCAGACGCUUCCUGUGGAUCGCAAGAUGGCGUCGCGACUUAAGCCUCGGGUAGAUUUGGCUAAGAAGAUCGCGGAUUCUGUACUCGCCAAGGAAAAGGCUCACAGCGAUGAUACUUGGCUGCGCAAUGCGGCUGAUGAGCUUGGAGUCGAGUAUGACUCUGACGAUCUGGAUGCCGUCAACGCAUCUGGUGGAGGUCGAGGCGGACGUGGAGGAGGUCGUCGGAGAAAGGAGCAGGCUGCCAAGGGCUUGACAAAGGCCGAGAUGGGUGCUCUCCGGGCGCAGUUGAGAGAGGAGCUCUCACGAAGAGUGAACCUGGGCGUGAGCGAGCGAUACAUUACAGGUGGUAGAGUAGACGUAGGUGCCCUGCUGAGAGAGGGCGAGAAGGGGGGAGUGUUUCUCGGAGGCAUGGAUGGAUUGGGGUUUGAAUAGACAGGCAGGCCAGUAUCUUAAAAGCAGUUUUAUUUCAUGACUUGCUCUUUCGUCGAAUCUCUAUGCA